GUUCCUCAUCACUCAUUCAUUCCAGAGCAUGUCUGCUCACGUUAGGAGCUGACAGCACAUGACUUAGUGUUUACCUUAAAGUGGACUCAGUGAGCCUUCUUCCACACAGCAGAUGCUCUGCAUGAUGAAAGAGAUGAGUUUCUCCUCUGAUGUGAUGAGUCGGCAUGUUUUUGGCUGGGUUUCCAUCCUCUGGUUGACUUCAGCAGUCAACAUUGCUGCCAGUCAAGGUGUGACGCUGGAGACCAUUUCCCAGGUGGUUGCGCAGUGUGGAGAAAAUGUGACACUGACAUGUGAUGCCACCUCAUCAGGCAACAUUAAAUCAUUUUCCUGGCUGGCUAAGAAUAAAAGUGUGUGUCAAUAUGGAGACAACGGAUCAUCUGAGGUUCUGUGUGAAAGCACGGCCCAGCCCCACAGACUCACUCUGUCUCUGCUCAACGUGAUGCCGGUCGACCAGGGGAAAUACAUCUGUAAACUACAUUCCACCAGCGGAGCAAAGUCCAACACAACUCAUGUUACAGUACAAGACUGCAUUGGAAGUUGUGGCUCCUCCAUCAAUGGGUCUCAUGCUGAGUGCUGGUUCAAUGGAGUUUACCCCAUCGGCACCGUCCACUGGUUCCAGGGAGAUGGUAACUUCACGCUCUCAGCCAGCACACAGGCAGAGAAGGACCCUCAUGGACGGUUCAAUGUCUCGAGUACAAUUCGUGUACAGAAAGGAAACCUGAAUCAGCCGUACGAAUGCUCACUGUGGAUACCCUCUGCCAGGAAGCGGCUCUCUAGUCAACUAAUACCUUUGGUUGAGAAACAGAUCAGGUCAUCAGGAUGCACGGUCAAACUGCAGUGGAUCUGUAUAAUGGCGGGGAUCAUGACAUUUAUGAUAUGAAGAGAAGAAACAGUGUUUCAGUUGUUGAUAGAAAAGCAAAAAACAGAAAUGAGAGGAGGCAAAGAUUGAGGCAUUAAAAAGGGUUAGGUGACGGUCUAUUCGACUUCUGUAGUUUUGUUUGCAAUUGUUGCUGAGUGCUGCCGCUGAGUGGGCACAUCAUUGUUUUCAACAUGUGAUCUAAUAACUUGCAAUUGAGAGCCGACGGGCAACUCUCUUCUCUGGAAAGAUGAGACCUGAAGCAACACUUUUUAUGACUCCCAUGUCUAUAAUAAAAUAUCAACAUACUUAUAAUGCGUUAUAAUCAGCUUACAGCAUCGUAUAAUUGAACUCAUUCAUGUUCAUAAUACUUUAUAACUAUAACGACAACACAUUAUAGAACAUUUUAAGGAUAUUUUUUUACAACUAUGGGAAUUUUAAUACACAAUGUCAGUAAUCAUGAUACCCUAUAACACAUUAUACAAUGCUUUAUAAUGUGUUAUGGUGACACUAUAAGUAUGUUUAAGUAAGUUUGUAAAUCUUUAACUGGAGAUGAGGAAGUCAGCUGAUUUAAUGAUUGUUUUGAGUACAAAUCUAAAAGCGUAUUUUGACUUCCCCUCCUGCCUGAUUAGGGGGAGUUUGCUUUUCUAAGCUUACUGAUUCACUGUUGGCACUCAGAACUAAUGACUGUGGACUCUGAGAGGACUUUGACUGAUGAAACAAUGUGCAGUUAUCCUAAAAAAGAGACUCCAACCUUUGCAGAAACAGCAUUUGUGUUUUGAAAUGCCAUAAUGUGUUUUGUUUUACUGGUAGUUGUAGGAAAUGACUUCAUCAAACCUUCACUUCAUGCUGAUGGCCAGAAGGAGGCAGUCCUCCCAUGUAGGAAAGAUAAGGAGCGCUGAUUUACUGCCUUUACGCACCUCUUGUUUAUUGUAAAAGCUUUUUAAAUCUGUUUUGUAGUUAUGCUACAAAAAAGUGUCAAAUAUAAUGAAUUUCAUCGAGGUAAGUUUUGUGAGAAUAUGUCAUUUAAAACCCGGCUACAGACAGAAAAAGCAACUCGUUCAUAUCGUACAUCCUCUCUUUUUUAGGAUUUGUAUCUGGUGUUCCUCAAAGAUAAAGUUUCUGUUCCAACCGAAUGUGUUUGCUCAUCUGUGGUGUGACUAUGUCUGUGGAAAGUUAUGCGAGUUUAGACAUCUGUGUAGGUGGUGGCCUCAUACAACAGUAUUUGGUUGUGUUUUAGUUUGGUGUUCUUUCUUGAACCAUUUUGUGUUUCGCAGCCUGUUGAAUAUGCUUUUGUAUUUCAGUUUGAGUUUGUUGACAAUUUGCUCUGAGACGCAACAUUCAAAUGACAAACAGGUUUUGCUCGGGUGCAUAGUGGAAAGACAACUUUUCUUUGCGUUUGUAUUUGUAUGCAUUUCUUCUUUUGUGAAACUGAAAUAAACUCAAAAG